AUGAACACAAGCACGGACCAGUUCUUUCGUGACAACCUCUGGUUCCACUUCUCAGUGUACCUCUUCGCCUUCCUCGUGGGGCUCCCCCUGAACCUGCUGGCCCUGCUGAUCUUUGUGGGCAAGCUGCGGACCCGCGCAGUGGCCGUGGACGUGCUCCUGCUCAACCUGACCAUCUCAGACCUCAUCCUGCUUCUCUUCCUGCCCUUCCGCAUGGUGGAGGCGGCCAGUGGCAUGCGCUGGCCUCUGCCCUUCUUCCUCUGCCCCUUCUCGAAAUUCCUCUUCUUCACCACCAUUUAUGUCACGUCUUUGUCCCUGGCGGCUGUGAGCAUCGAGCGCUUCCUGAGCGUGGCCUACCCGGUAUGUUACUGGAGCCGGCCCAGAAUAAGACAAGCAGUGCUGGUCAGCGGGGCCUGCUGGCUGCUGUCAGGUACUAACUGCAGUGUGGUCUACAUCGUGGAAUUCUCUGGACAUUCCUCCCAUGGCCAAGGAAACAACAACACCUGUUAUCUGGAAUUCGAGGAGGACCAGCUGGCCAUUCUCCUACCUGUCCGUUUGGAGAUGGUGGUGGUUCUCUUUGGGCUUCCCCUGCUCAUUACAAUUUACUGCUACAGUCACUUGAUAUAUUUGCUCAGUAAACGGUGCAGCCGUCGCCAGAGGAGGAGGGUGGCAGGGCUGGUGGUGGCCACACUGCUCAACUUUCUCAUCUUCUUUGGACCUUACAAUGUGUCUCAUGUCGUGGGCUAUAUCCAGGGUCACAGCCCAUCGUGGAGAAGUUACGUUCUGCUGCUCAGCACCCUGAACUCCUGCAUCGACCCUCUUGUCUACUACUUCUCCUCCUCUCAGUUCCAAGCUGAAGUCCGUGGGAUACUGAGGAGACUGGCCGGGGCCUGCAGACCUGGGACACAGGGGGACUGUGGAAAUCUGAGGGAUAUGAUGGCGAGAGAGGGUGUCAUCCAAAAUGGUUCUACCUAG